UGGAGGCCCCUCACCUGAUGCCGCUGCAGCCGCCGCUGCUGCCGGAGCGGGCGCACGUGCGGGAGGCGCAGCUCCACUCCGCCGAGGCCUCGCUCUGGACCGUGGUGGCCACGGUGCAGGCCAUGGAGAGGAAGAUCGACCUCCUGGCCACCCGCCUGCUCAGCCUGGAGGGCCGCUCUGGCACGGCCGAGAAGAAGCUCCUGGACUGCGAGAAGACAGCCAUGGAGUUUGGGAACCAGCUGGAGAGCAAGUGGGCCGUGCUGGGCACCCUCAUCCAGGAGUACGGGCUGCUCCAGCGGCGCCUGGAGAACGUGGAGAACCUGCUGAAGAACAGGAACUUCUGGGUGCUGCGGCUGCCCCCCGGCCCCCGGGGCGAGGUCCCCAAGGUGCCAGUGACAUUUGUUGACAUCGCCGUCUACUUCUCAGCGGAGGAGUGGAAGAACCUGGAGGAGUGGCAGAAAGAGCUGUACAACAACCUGGUGAAGGAGAACUAUGAGGCUUUGCUGUCGCUGGACGGGGCCCUGUCCAGAAGCGAGGCACAGCCCCGCAGUGAGCGCGGGGACGGGCCCUGUGUCCCUGAGCAGCGGGAGCUGGAGCAGAGGGAGCUGCCGCCGGACGCCUGCGCGGAGUCGCUGAUCUCCACCUCCGACAUCCUGUCCCGGAUCAAGCAGGAGGUGGCUUUCGUGGGGGAGCAGCAGUUCCCUGAGGAGCGGGGGAUGCCUCCAGACCCCUGUGCAGGAGCGGACGCCCUGAUCACAGCACACGACUUCUUGUCGUGGAUCAAGCAGGAGGAAGAGCCCUGUGUCCGGGAGCCCUGGGAGCUGCCCGAGAGGGAGAUGCUGCCCCCGGGCCCUGGUCCUGCCAGCGAGGGGCUGCUGGUGAAGACGGAGGAGCGGUGCCCCCACGCCGAGCCCCCCGAGGAGGUGGGUUUGCCGGGCAGCUCCGGGGAGCUGCUGUUCCCCGGCCCGGGCUUCGGGACCCCCGAGGGACAGGCGGCGGUGCCAGCGGCGGUGGCUCUGCCGGCGCAGCACAGACUGGGCAAAGCUCCGGGCCCCGAGCCGGGUCCCGAUCCCGGGAGCGUCCCCGCGGCGCCGCCGGGCCCCGCCGAGGAGCGGCCGCACGGAUGCGCCGAGUGCGGGAAGAGCUUCAGCGGCAAGAAGAGCCUGCGGAUCCACCAGCGCAGCCACGCGGCCGAGCGGCCCUACCCGUGCGCAGAGUGCGGCAAGAGCUUCAAUUGCCACUCGGGGCUGGUGCGGCACCAGAUGAUCCACCGCGGCGAGCGGCCCUACAAAUGCUCCGAGUGCGGCAAGUGCUACAGCCGCAAGGAACACCUGCAGAACCACCAGCGGCUGCACACCGGCGAGCGCCCCUUCGCCUGCGCCCAGUGCGGCAAGAGCUUCAUCCGCAAGCAGAACCUGCUCAAGCACCAGCGCAUCCACACCGGCGAGCGCCCGUACCAGUGCCCCGCCUGCGGCCGCAGCUUCCGCUACAAGGAAUCGCUCAAGGAUCACCAGCGGGUGCACAGCGCCGAGGCGGGGCCGCCGCCGCUGCCGCCGCCCGGGAUCCUUCCCCCCGGGGAUUAGGGGCCACCCCGCCGCGGACUGGCACCCCCCGGGACCGGGACAGCCA